AUGGCGUGGGGCCCGACGCGGGUCAAGGUGGAUAUCCAGCGCUGCAGCACCGCAGUUCCGGCUCUGAUCUCUGCCAUCAAUGACGGCGGAGUGACGGUCAUCGCCCUGUGCUUGGAUGAGCGGCCAGAGCCCUUCCGGCGUGUUCCGGGGCUCCCGGCCUCGGCCUUGAAGCCUUGCGAGCCUUGCGAGUCUGUGGAGCUUGGCGAUGCCUUCCUGCAGCGUCUGAGAGCCCUUCCUGGCUCCACCGACCCGGCCAUUGCGGGAGCACAGGAAGCCUUGCUCCGCUGCGCCAAGGAGACGCCUUCGUCGUCGCAAAGCCAGCUCCUCUUGGACGCCUUGCUCGGGGCGGAGCGUGCCAUGGCCGCCUUGCGCAGCAAGCUGCGCCGCUGGGCCAGCGAGCCGCCCAAGCCACGUGUGGUGCGGGAAGCGCCGCAAGUGCCGCUGCAUGUCGGCGGUGACCAGACUCCACCAAGGAGGAGGCCCGCCACCUGCCUAGCAGCGCCGUCAACACCGCCGAAGGAGGCCAAGAAGAGGGGCUGCCUCGCAGUCGAACGCGGCCGCGGCGGGAGUGCCCCGUCGACGCCUCCGAAAGAGAAAAGGUUUCACAGCUCCCGAGCCGACUCUCGAGAGCUGCAGGCGGCGGUGAGCAAGCACCUGAUACGACACGGGCUACAAAUGCGAAAGGCUGACCUGCUCCAAGACUUGGCAAAAAGCUUUCAGAUUGACGUGAGAGACAUCGAAGAGAGCUUGGCGAGCCUGGACUGCCUGAACAAGGUCAUGAUCUGUGACGGGUGUUCAGGAUACGUCAGCAAGCGCCAGUGGAUCGUGCGUGCUGCUCAGCAGAGCUGCAAGACUAGCUACGUUGGCUUGUCAGAGCAUCCGUUGAAAGUCGAGCUCUCUCCUGGUGGUGGCCGCAUGGAGCUCAAAAAGACAUCGCGUGCCCUCCUGGGCAGCGCCUUCCUGCUCUCCACAACCUUCGUGACCCCCGAGACUGCGCUCCGUGGCACCGAUGCUGCCCUGGUUGCAGCGGGCGUGGCCUCGAUCCCCGAGGCAGCACACGCGCGGCUGCCGGAAGAGUUCGUGAUUUUCGCUCCCAUCGUGGACGUGCUGCCCAUCCUGCCGCACCGGCAUCGCAAGACUUCCAUUGAUCUGAAGAAGUCGAAGUCGGUGAUCAAAAACCAAUGCAUGCUUGCAAGGUCUGAGUUUUUCAGCCAGAGCUCGGAGAAGUUUUUGCAGGAGUUGUCCACGCUUCUGGAGGUCGAUUUAUUCCUGCCAGAGCAGGAAAUUAUCAAAGCAGGCGACGACGGGGACAGGAUGUAUUUUCUUAACUGGGGUUCAGUGGAAGUCAUCCUUGGUGAGAAAGUGGUUGGCGUGUUGGAGAGCGGCCAAGUUUUUGGUGAGAUGGCCUUGUUCGGAAAUCGCAAGCGCACAUGUACAGUCCGAGCGCUGGACACAUGCGACUGCCGUAGUGUCAAUCAACACAGCUUCCAGCGGCUACUGCUGGCCUAUCCGAAGGAACGUGAACGCUUUGAGAAGCUCGUGGAGGACCGAAUGCAGGAAACUUCCCGGGUGAAGCAGGACCUGAAGCGGGAGCGCGAUGAUCGCAAGUCUGUGGCUCCGGCGGAGUGCAGGCUUCGUUCCAUAACUUUGCGAAGUUUGUCUGUGAUUGCCAAGAUGGGGGUGAGAGGCCAAAACGAACCCGACCAGCGACAGAUGGGGAGGUGUCUGCAGUGCAUGGGCCUGACGACAGAUCUGAACAGCAACAGGUCCAGCCUUGCGCCUUUGAGUGCAGACUCCGACCAUCACGGCCCAGCCGGGCCUUCCGAGAUAGCGGUGACGAAACCGAAGGCUGCGGCACCGGUGUCGCUCCGUUUGCCCUCCAUAGGGGAGCUGAGCAAUGGUUCUCGAACAAGUGAAGCAGAUGGGACAGAUCCGGCUGUUCCGUCUUUCGGUGGUGAGGGGACGACAGAGCGUACCGAUAUGUUGCUACCUCCCAUUCGGCUCCUCUUCACGGGUAGCAGCACUGACCUUCGUCCCACCUUCGGGCCCGUCUCUUGCGAGGAGUACGAGGAUGAGGAUGGUUUGGAUGGUUCUGAAGGCAUCAACCUGGACAUUCGGGAUGAUGCCGGUUCGGCGGAAGAAGUUCGCCGCAUCUUCCUAAGACAGUACGCAGACAUGCUGCAGGAUGCGCAUGCACCAGUUGGUCCAGACGGAGGCUACAACUUGCGAGUCUUCAUAGGGCCGAUCUCCCGCGAGCUUUCGGAGGUCGCGGCGAAUCUCACCUCUUCCCAUAGUGUUCCGAUCCUCCUUCCUUUCGUUUCGCUUCCUGAGAAGCAACGCACUCAAGGACACGGACGCACUCUGAUCAACUCCUUGGAAGUCCCGCCAGAGCUUUUCAUGAGACGUCCGCUCCAAACCCUCCAUGCACGAGGAGCCAAGACGGUGGCGAUUUGGGAAAGCGCUGAGCCAUACCUUGCGGCAAUGUGCCAGGGCGCUGCCAGUGCAGCCACCGCCAUGGGGAUGACCUUGGUGUAUCGACAUCGCAGCUCUGCCAUUGACAACGUCAUCGAGGACAUGAGGCUACUGGCAGCAGAAGGUCCUGAUGUCUUCGUGGUUUGUGCAGAGUACAAGCAGGGUGUGGAGCUCAUGAUGUCUAUCGACUUCUUGCAUUUCAGCCCGCAGGCCAUCCUGAUGUGGGACUCGGCGACCCCAGAGUUUUCGGAGGCGCUUCUGGUUGCCGGUGCUCUGAACAUCGUGGCCAUGUACUAUUCAAGCCUGCGACACCUCCGUGACCAGAGAAGCCUUCGCCGCUGCAUACCAGAGACUGUGAAGCUUGCGGAUGAGCUGGAGGAAAUUCUCUUCGCGAAUUCGGUUGCGCCGGCUUUCAGACAAGUAAACACGGAAAUACAGCUCUUGCUGCUGGAGUGCGAUGCCACCAGGGACUCAUUCUACCAGCUGCUGUGUUUCAACAGCCAGGGCUUCCUGGUAUCCUCGAUAAUGGGCGUCUCCCAACUCGUUGCCGUGAAUGUCAGCGAUGACGGGCGACGAUUGUCGGGGCUCGAGAUUUGCUAUGAGAUGCAGGGUAACCCGCAGCCGCCGCGAGCCGACAACAUCAGACCCGACGCGCUCUUGGCCUACACUCGGCUGACACCGCAACUGCUCGAGGUGUAUCAGAUCUCCCAGGCCCAAGUGGAAGUGCGUUUCGUGUUGACGGUGGAUGCAUAUCCGAGACCUGCGGAAGAUUCACGAUUGCUGAUGCGAUAUCCCUGUGAGGACGGCUUCGAGGUGGUGACUUCAGCCCUGUUCAAGAUGCUGGCGAACAUUGCGGACAACACCACAGGACAGGGGCCCAGCACUCCGUGCACUCCAUGCCUGGACGGGAGCUCGCGAGAUUCGCGCAGCCCCAGAUGCACUGCCUGCCCAGCGGGAACGCAAGCGACAUCGCAAGGCCAGUCGGAGUGCAAGGACUGCCUGCAGGGAGCUGUUUGCGAUCCUGCAAACAGCACAUUGGUAGUUGCACCGGACUACUACUACUUUCACGGCCUUCUCUUCGCUUGCACUGUGAAGGGCCGCUGUCUAGGAGGCAACCUUUGCGCGGGCAACAGUUCGGGUGCCCUUUGCUUGCAAUGCCAGCCAGGUUUGGUUUUGGAUCCAGACAGUACCGAGCCAGAUCCCUGCCGGCCCUGUGGAGAUCAGUGGAGAGACACCUGGCACGGACUCAUCAUCGGAAUGUGUGUGUAUCUGGUGGCCUUUGCGUGGCUGCUGGUAUCACAUAAGAAUGCGUGCAAAUCACUUUCAGCAACGUCUGCAUCAACCCUGAGAUCAUUGGUGAACUACUUCCAGUUCACAGCGAUCACCGCGAAGAUCAUGACGCCCGAGUAUAUGGAUGACUUCCUGCCCAACACACAGGGCUAUUUCCGAGUCGUUGCCGCAUUGGUCUUGGAUCCAAUCGAAGAAAUUCCCGUGAGCUGCUUCAUCCCUAUGUGGAAGCCAUACCAGGUGAAGGUCCUGAUCGGCUUUUGCAUCCUCCCGCUCACGCUUUUGGCUUCUGUGGUAUUGUUGUUUGCCUGGGAGUUCAUUCUAGCUCCAUUACUGUUUCAGAGCUGCAGCCGGGAGGACUCGCCCGACCUGUCCGAGGAGGAAAAGCUUGGUGCUUUGCGUGGCCAGCGCACUCAUCAAACUACAGGCAGGUCCGUCCACCACACACGCAGUGUCGAGUUCCACCGAUCCCGGGCCAGACCAACUUUGAGAAGGCUUCUGGCAAAGCUGUCUGAGGCAUCUAUGAUCUGGUGUCACUUGUUGUUGCCCAUGUCCGUCUACAACAUGCUCGGUGCUGUUCUAUGCCUGGACCCGCAGGUCGCUGCCGUUACGGUCGUCGACUACCCGCGGCCUGUGAAUGUUCUGCUGUCGAACUUCGGCCUGACAUGUGACGAUCCCUCGCAUCAACCGUGGCUGAUUCUCGCAGUCGUAGGAUUGGCAGCCUAUGGCUUGGCGAUUCCGUGUGGCUGGCUCUUUAUCGUGCGAGCCACGUACAGCGAGAGCUGGCUGUCGGAGAGGGCAGUGGGAUACUUUUUGCACGGCGCAAGGCCAGCAUAUCUGUAUACCGGCCUCCUCACACUGAUGGUGACUGAUUCAGCCGCCAUCCUGUCAGCAAUCUUGACUUUGGGCCGCUUCCUGCGUCUCCAAGGUCUUCUCGGCGUGUACUGCAUCGCCUGCUUGGUCUUGAGUUGGACAAGGCCUUACGACAAACGAGACAAUUCAGUGUUGCUGAGGCUGGAAGUGACCGGCAUUGCCUGCCAGCUGUUGGCCGUUGCGAACAUCAUGAUCGGCGCACCCUGGGGUUCCAGUGGCGUCUUCGCCCAGUUCUCUGUGCUCAUCGAAGCUUUGCAGAUACCUGCAAACCUCUACUUCUUCUUUGUGGUGCUAUGGUCUCUGAUCAACAAUGCAGUGAUCAAGAGUAUCCGGUACGCGCCAGACGCAGAAGGUCUCCUUCGGCCUUUGCAAUGGCUGCAUGCAUUCUUGGACAUGCAGUCGGACAAGGUUGUCUACGACGUCCACACGCAAGAGCUUGACAUAUCGGGCCUUUCCAGAAGCUCCCGACGCUCUUUGAGAGCUGCUCUGAGUGAUGCGAUGGAGCGCUACUUUGAGGCUGCUGCCCAGGGCCUGGUGCCUUGGAGCGAGGUCGGCGUCGAGAAUGAUUUUGAGCAAGUGGUCAUGGACGAGGAAGAAGGCUCCAAAGGACUUCUGUACAUCGGUUUCCUCUCGGCAGCCGUAAGGGAGAUGAUGCUCGAGGUGGAGCAGUCCCGGGCAGUCAGACACACAGCGCUGAGGAAGGCGUCCUCUUUGUAUCAGAUCCUGAGGAAGCUCUUCGAGAGUGCGUCGAAGGCGGGGGCCGACACUGCCGCCGAUGCCGAAACCGACUCGGACAUCGCUCGAGGCAUUUCUUUCUCAGAAGCGCGGGAAGAAAUCCUGAAGAAGCCCAAGCUCUCGGCAACCACGGAGGAACUGUACAUGGCAGGCAUGCUCAUGAUGCGGAGUAUCGAGGAGGGCAACCCCGUGCUUUACAACAUGCAAAGUCAUCAGGGGCCAAGUGAGACCGUUAAAAAGCACCACGACGAUGUCGGCAAAGCCAUGCAAGAGUGGCAAGCUGACCAGCCGAUCGAAGCAUUCCUGGAAGAGUUGACAGUGACCACCAAACAGCCGGAGGAUGACGACGGCAGCCAUGCCGCAGAGUACUUCGAGGUCCCAGAAGUUGUCUGUGAAGAUCCGGCGGAUCAAGAUGACAACAGGAGCUAUGAGGAAGCCGAAGCAGAAAGCAUUCCUUCUGUCGGGAGAGAAGCUCUCCUUGCUCACACUUUAGGCCUACAGAGCGCAAAUUCGGCUCGAGCGGAGUACUCUGUGCUGCUCGCCGAACACGACCAAUGCUUCGCAGAGAUCUUUGAGCUGAAGGCAGAGAUCCAGGACUUGCGGCGUCGAAUGGUCGAGGCUCAGGCAGAGCUCCACGGUAUGGACCACGUGAUGUCCAGGGAGCAGAGCGCCGGGAGUGAGCAGCUUUCCCGACAAGGCGCAGACGCCCAAGCCAAGGAGGUGCAGCCGGGUCCUGGUGCCCGUCAAGCCAAGUCUACUCAGUCUACUCAAGGCCACCCUAGCGCAGCAAAGCAGAGACGAGACUCUCAAGCCGCCCCACGAAGCCCGAGACGUCCCACUGCGCACAACCACUAUGCCGGUUAUGCUGGUGAAGUUGUGGAAGCAGAGCAAGAUUCGGGUUCGGAGGAGCCAGAGACGCCCCCGCCAGAGUCCCGCAUGAAGCCGCGAUCAGAGUCCCGCAAGGACAAGCCUGUGGCAAAAAGCUUGCAGGCUUCAUUGGUUCCAUUGGCACAGGGAGGGGACAACUUGUGGGCGAGACCUGCGACCUGA